AUGUUCGCCAAGAUCUUUAGCGCUUUCCUGCUCGUCACCGCCGUGACAGCCAAGCUUCACGAUAACUGUGCUUGUCACAAUGGCGAUAGUUACAACUGGCGAUUGACUGCCGCUGCAUGCACAGAGUACAACGAUCAAGGCUACGAGUGGGGCGGUGCUACCUACAAUGAGACAUCUGGUCGUUGCGCCCAGGCAACCACUGAAGACAAAAUCGCUGGUGACCAGUGGGAGGAUGCUUGCAGGAAGAUCGCCGAGGAGGGCUAUGAUUGCGCUGACGGCGAAGGGAAGUGCUACGCUAACCCCAGCAAAGUCCGUGGCAGAUGUUAA